GUUACGCGACUAGAAAACUUCGUCGGCACCCACCCGAAGUGGAAGGAACUGUGCCUGGAUAUACUGGAAGCAGCUGUGUCGGAUAUAUGUGGCUAUAAGUCGCAGCAUAAUUGGUGUCUUUACAAAGAGAAACUGAAUAUAAAACCACCGGGGGGCAUGGGCUUCGCACCGCACCUGGACGCACCCUCUCUACAGGUCACAGGCCUUGCAAAGGAGUUCGUCACGGUGAUGGUUGCAAUUGACGAUAUGACAGUUAGGAAUGGAUGUCUCCGUGUUGUGAAGAAAAAGUGGAAUGCGACUAAUAUGCUCGAAUGUACACAAGCCAGUGCUGGUGACGAUCCCGACAGAGGCGGACGAGCCGGGGCCAUACCGCUGACUGUAGCGGAUUCGCUGGUCUUUGAGGAUGUGCUCUGUUCAUCUGGCGAAAUGUAUCUGUUCAAUGGAUAUGUACCGCACAGGAGUGGGAUGAACACGAGCACGCUGUCGAGGCGUGCUGUGUUUCUAACCUAUAACUGUGAGACUGAAGGUAUUCUAAGAGAUGAAUAUUAUGCAAGCAUGAAACAAAUGAGGGAUACGUUCAAGGAACAAAGUGCUCUCAAGAAGUCGGAUGAUUUGGCAGAGCUGAAUUCACUUAACUCGAUACCCGGCGUCGCAAGGUAGCGGUUCAUCUAUUUUCGAUGUUGACUUUUAGUUUAGGUUUAGAUUGGCCGAGUUUUGAUAUGCUCCGAGCAAUUAUUGAUUGGUAUAUAUUUUCCCUUUGAUAAAAUUGCACUUGAUUUCAAC